AUGCAUCCCCAGCCUCGCGAGCGACAACAUGAGCCGCCUGGUCAGCACAUGGGCCGCGAGCAGGUAAGCUGCUCAAGAGCUUUCGUUUGUCGUCCACCAGCCGCUACCCGGUCAGCUUCUGCAGAUCUCGUCGGACGGCGUCAGUGUGGGGCCGGCUUAUCGUGCACCUGGCACCCGAAAUCCGGCUUGCUCUACGAGCUCGAAUCCGCGCGGGCCGGCGCCGAUCUAUUUCCCCUGGCUAUCUCACCCGAGUGCCAACUUCUUGCGUGCCGCUCCGACACGGGCCGAGGUGUGCGACCUUGGAAACGCGACGGUUCAGUGCGGGCGGCGGUAUGA